AUGAUUGGUAAUAUUGCUGAUUCAGUUCCUAUUGGAUCGAUUUCGAAUGUAACAUUCGUAGCAUCAAGUAUGAGCGAAACAUUUUUCAAUACAAGUUGUCAACAAUGUAUAUGUGUUGGUUUGAUGGCUGAUGCAGUUGGAUGGAAUUGUAUGACAAAUAAUAACACAUGUAGUUUAAUUAAUAAUUAUUCUACAACUGAUAUUGGAUUGAAACAAACAGAAAAUACAAUAUUUUUCUUUCAACAAAUACCACCUGAAUUAUUAACGACAAGUACAACAUUUACAACAACAUCAUCAACAUCGACUACUGCAUCAACAGUAACGACCUCAACCACCUCAUCAACAUCGACGACAACCUCGUCAACAUUAACAGAAACAUCAUCGACAACUUCGUCAACUUCAACAACAACUUCGUCAACAUCAACAACAACAUCGUCAACCUCAACAUCAUCGGCAACCUCAUCAACGUCAACAACAACAUCAUCAACCUCAACCUCGUCUACAACUUCGUCAACAUCAACAACAACAUCAUCGACAACUUCAUCAACAUCAACUACAACAUCAUCAACGUCAACAUCGUCUACAACUUCGUCGACAUCAACAACAACGUCAUCAACAUCGACGUCAUCGACAACUUCAUCAACUUCGUCAACAUCAACAACAACAUCAUCAACGUCAACAACAACAUCGUCAACCUCAACAUCGUCGACAACUUCUUCAACAUCCACAACAACAUCAUCAACAUCGACGUCAUCGGCAACUUCAUCAACUUCGUCAACAUCAACAACAACAACAACAUCAUCGACCUCAACAUCGUCAACAACUACAACAACAUCAACUUCAACAUCAUCAACAUCAACAACAACAUCGUCUACAACUUCAUCAACAUCAACGUCAACAUCGUCCACAACUUCGUCAACAACAACGACAACCUCGGUAACAACCUCAACGACCACAUCAACAUCAUCGACAAGCUCUUCAACAACAUCAACUACAUCAACAACAACAACCACCACAUCCAUAUGUGUAAGUCCGAGACCACAGCCAUUUCUUAAUGGAGCAUUUCCAACAAAUUGGAUUCAAUUCAGUGUAUUAUAUAUAGCCGUACAAACUUCAUUUACAGUCACAUUUACAUUUCAAACGGAUGCAACUCGUUUUUACUAUCUCGACAGUGUAUCUGCAUUUGACAUAAAUUCACCAUCGGAUCAGUUACUUCAAAAUCCUAGUUUUGAAAAUUCAACAACUUCACUUACCGAUUGGUCUCUAUGGUGUAAUGACACAUGUAACGGAACCAGUUCACAGAUCGUUUCUGGAAGCAGUUGCGUGUCAUCGAUUGGUAACUGUUUACAAGUGAAUUGCUAUGGUAGUGGAGCAGUGAACUAUCUUACUCAAACAUUUUCGAGUAUAAUAAGUGAAACUUACCAAGUCUCAUUUUGGCUUCGACAAAUUGGAAAUGGUACCAGUGAUUCAACAAAUUUUAAUUUUAUAUUUGGUUGA